UAUUCCUUCAACUCUUUACACCCUAUAAACGAACAGCCAACCAAUCCGGUUUGUAAAACUUACAUUUCUAUCAUCACAUUUCCAUUUCCUCUGAAGAAACAAAGCUACCUACCAGGUAGUUACAGUAACUAGGUACCUAAGGUUUAUUUAUCAACUCAUACUCGGCAUACCAACAUGGAUCCUCGUUACGGCAACCAAGGUUACGGUGGUGACCGGCCCCAGGGUGAAGCCUCCUCUUACUAUGGUGGUCAACCCAACUCUCAAUAUCCCCCUUACUCUGGCAGUCCAGAGGGACAACAAGGAUACGGGCACCCACCAUACGGACAACAAGGACACGAACAGCAGGGCUAUGGACAGCAAGGAUAUGGGCAACCAAGUUAUGGUCAACAAGGUUACGGACAGCAAGGGUACGGUGAACGACAGGGUGGAGGACCUUAUCAGUCUGGCCCCCCAAAUGCUGGCCCGGGAGAAGAUGGUGAGCGUGGUCUGAUGGGAGGCCUUGCUGGUGCCGCCGCUGGAGCUUACGGUGGACACAAAAUGGGCCAUGGAGUCAUCGGAGCUAUCGGAGGUGCUAUUGUAGGCCACAAGCUGCAGGAUUUCGUUCACGAUCGCAAGGAAAAGAAAGAGGAAGAAAAGCUACACCAACAGUAUUCCUCACCGCCGCCUGGCUAUUCCGAUUCUCACCAUCACAGUGGGCGCCACUCCCCAAGUCGUGACAGGUCCAUCGGAAGCUACGCCGGCAACUUUUCCUCCUCGUCGCGCGAUAUCCACCUCGAAGGAGAUUACGAUCUUCGCGCGACCUGCGAGCGCCGCGAAGGCGGGAGCCACGUGAGCACCCUGAAUCUGAACGAAAUCCUCAGUAACGAGGAUGGUCACUUCAGGUGGGUAAGCGGAGGAUCGGGUGCCAGCACCGUCACAGUUCAGCAGGGGGACACCCUGAGAGAUAUCGCCCGGCGGCACAACUGCAGCUUUGAUGAGAUCGCCAGGAGAAAUAACCUUGCCAACCCAGACAUGAUCUACCCGGGACAAAUCCUCCAAGUGCCUGGUGGAUCGACCGGAAACUUCAGCUCUUCUGCUCGAGACAUUCGUCUAGUCGACGGCGGACGGGUACUAGAGGCGGAGCUGCGUAAUACCAGAGGCGAGUGGCAUCGCAGCCGCAUCAAUUUGGACGAGCGCAUUGGAAAUUCGGAUGGACAUUUGCGCCUGGUUUAAAAGACUGGACUAUGGGAUGACAUCAAAUUAGGUACCUCUAGCCUAAACUUUGGGGGAUUAUAAUUAAGGAAUUUUAGUAUGUUGUUCUUUAUGAGAAUGAAACUCCUCAGUCAGUUAGCGAAUUUUUACUACCAUGAACAUCAUUAUUGGCCGAUUAUAAGUGGUGUUUUUGUAUGUUGUGCAUGAUUUCAUUGGGAACCCCUCUUCAGCUGUAGGGGCUUUUACUGGGUGCCCCCGAACAGCCACCCCCUUUUUGAGAAUCCAUCUUAUAUCAGUGAUCACAGUUAUACACUAGUUGGCAAAUAAAAUAUUUAAAAAUCCACAUC